ACUGGGAAGACCGGACAUCAGAGAAGUACCUCAUCCAUUCCAGCACUCGCCGCUCCCUUUUGUUCUUUGGCCUUUAUUCCUUCCAUUUUCUCUGAAUUCUUCUCACCUGAUUUCUCCCUCUAUUCAUCUUGUCUCCUUAUUUCCUGCUCUCUACCAUCUACAUCCUGCCACCUGGUCUCUGGGUCUAUCUUCCUCCUGGCAUCCUCUUCCUCCCUACACCACCCUCCCAUCAUCUCUACCCUGUUCUUCUCCGGAGGCCCCUAUUCAGGUCUCCUUGAAGGAGAGAUGGUGUGGGAGGUGAGAUCCCUAGCCCAACUGCUGCUUUUGUUGCUGGUUGACAGAGGGACUCAAACACCCACGAAAGAAGUCCAGGUGGUAUGGGCCAAAGAGGGUUCCCCUGUUCAGCUCCCCUGCAUCCUCUCGAGCAACCAGCCAAAACUGCUUGGCUUUCUUCAGAAGGUGACUGUCACCUGGCAGCACUGGCAAGACAGGACUCCCCAAGCCAAAUGGUACACAGUGUUCAGGGUGGAGCCAGGUGGUUUGCAGAGUGUUGGGCUUCCCCUUCAGUCUAGGCUGCAACUGGGAGAGCUUGGCUUCCACAAGGGAGAUUUCUCAUUAUGGCUCCACCCAGCCUGGCUCACAGAUGCUGGGGAGUACAGAGUUUGGGCCAACUUUGAGACCAGUCAUUUGAUAUGUCACCUCCGCCUCCACUUUGGCCACGCCUCUGUGACUGCCAGCCCUCCAGGGCCCAUUGUGACCUCAGAUCCGGUCCUUCUGAACUGUUCUUUCAACCGUCCUGACCCCCCAGAAGCUGUGCUCUGGUCUCGAGGCCGGGUACCCAUAAUCCCAUCUUCCCAGCAUUUUCCAGUUGGGGGCCUGCUCUUCUUGGCCCAUGUCACUCUCUCAGAUGCUGGGCCCUGGGACUGCUGCAUUAUCUACCCAGAUGGACUCAAUGUCUCUCUUACCUACCACCUCAGUGUCCUGGGUCUGGAGCCCCUAACCCAGAAGACGGUGUAUGUGGGAGAAGGAUCAAAUGUGGAGCUUCCCUGCCAUCUCAGCCCUGGGCUAGGAACUAUGCCAGGGCUAAUUGCCCAGUGGACCUUACCUUGGGGCAGAGGCAGCUUCCGUGUGUCGGGAAAUGACAAGAGAAGCUUUGCCCUGAGGCUGGAGCAUGUGAGCAGAGCCCAAGCAGGGACCUAUAACUGCAGCCUCAGUUUUCAAGGGUAUCAGCUCAGUGCAGCAGUCACCUUAGCUGUCAUUACAGUGACUGAUAAAUCCUUUGGGUCCUCAAGAUCCCGAAAAGGGCUGCUUUGUGAGGUGACCCCAAUGUUAAAGCAAGAGCGCAUCCUGUGGACUCCGUUGGACAAUCAGACUCUGGAAAACCCACCAGGGCCCUGGUUGGAGCUGGGACAUGAGGAGCUACAGGUCGAUCAGUGGCAGUGCAAAGUGUGUCAAGGGACACAACAAUGCGGAGCUGUAGUUUAUGACUUGGGGCUUCAGGGCACAGGUGUCCGGCUGUCUGGGAGGAACCCAAAAGCCCAGAAGGGAGAGACCCAGCUCUCUCUUUUCCUGAUCCUUAGUGCAUUACUGGUUCUCUUCCUUGGAGUAGGAGCUGCUCUGCUUUUCUUACGACGAAGCCAGGUAACUGCUGGGAGUGUUUCUGCCCUGGAAGAUGCGGCUUCCGAGCCCCAGGGACAAAACAAGGCAGAGAAAUGGAGCCCAGAGUACCAAUUUUAGAGCGUGGAGCGUGGAGCGUGUCCCGGACAUAGAGAUGGGGCCGGAGAUGCCUUGGAGAAGCAGCUCCUUCCUCGAAUCUCGCCUUGCACACCACCUAAACCCCACUCCCUCGGCAGGAUGGCCUGUGGUUCCUCCGUAGCCUAUGUCAACUCUAUCUUUGGCUUCCCUGGAAGAGGAACCUUCCCGGCUCCUCACCGGCUUCCUCGCAUUUCUGUGGUCCUUGAGGUGGACGGCGCAAAUAUGAUCUGGUCUCCAUUUUACGGAGGAGGCCCAGAAAAAUCGAACGAUUUACCUUUGGUCUUCCCUGCUCUCCAUUUUUCUAUUUCUGCCUCUGUCUGGUUUAUCAGUCACCGUCUCUUCCUCUAAUCUUGGCCUCGUCCUUUUUUUUUCUGAGGCUCUAAACAUGUCCCUAGUCUAACUCCUAUCUUCUCCCUAUACCCAUGCCUUCCUAGUUUAAAACACUUUUGAAUAUGUAUUUUCUUUUUGUUGUUGUUAUUAACUUGACAAGCAUAAAAAUAAAUAAACAUGUCUUCAUACAAAGAAUGAAAAAAA